AUGACUGAACCAAGGGGCCAGAUGAAGAGUUCAAAUGCUACAAGCAGUGCUGUAAUGGAACUGCAGUCUGCUUCAUUCAACCCUGAUGUCCCAUCUUCUGGCCAGAGCAACUUCAGAAGAGUCAGCCGCACAGAGGACAGCAGUCCCUAUCCGAUCCCUGGGCUGGCGGCAGACAUCCUGCACAUGCGAGUGAAAGAAGGAAGCAAGAUCCGCAAUUUGCUGCGGUUUGCAACAGCUCGCAUGCAAGGAGAGGGGAAAGACAGCAAUGGGAAAUUACUGAGACAGGUGGUCUUCACUGGCUCAGGUAGAGGAGUCACCAAGACCAUCACCUGUGUGGAGAUUCUAAAACGUAUAGUGGGAGGGCUCCACCAGGUGUCCAAGCUCUACUAUAAGACAGUGAAAGAGGUCUGGGAGAGUCAACAACCAGGAGCACCAGGUAUAACCAUGCAGAGGACAGUCCCUGCCAUCUGUAUCCUGCUCUCUAGAGACCCUCUGGAUCCCCAGGAGACUGGAUACCAACACCCCCAAACCCUAAGUGUUCCCACAGAGGACGCAGAGAGAGGUAGAGCUCUGAUCAGGCCAGCUCACUGUCCCUUCUCAGAGCACGCAGCCAAGCGAGUCUGUCUGGAUGACUGGAGUGUAUUACCGUCUCCAUGA